CGAGCAUCAACGCCCUACACACACACAUACACACAGCGUCUCGUUAGGAGCGGCUGGAACGGGGGGAAAAAAAAAACAAAAGCCAUGGGAGCGGACGGCAAGCAGCCGGAGAGAGAGCAGGGCAGAGACGGCGGGGAGAGCCCGGCGGCGGAGCCUCAGAAGAGCAGGCCAGGAGAAAGCAAAGCGGGAAGCGAGGAAGACGCUCACAAGUGUUGUGGCUGCCGCUUCCCCAUCCUCAUCGCCUUGUUGCAACUGGUCCUGGGCAUUACCAUUGCAGUGGUCGCCUUCAUAAUGAAAACUAUCAGCUCCUCCUUGCUGGCCAGGGACACCCCGUACUGGGUUGGCAUCAUUAUCUGUGUGGCUGCAUUACUUGGAUUCUACAUGUACUGCAUCACUUACCAAGUCGACGAGAAGACAACAUUACAGUUCAUCAUCAAGCUGAUGUACUUCCUGCUGUGCGCCCUUGGCCUGAUCCUCUGCAUCUCAGCUGUGGCCUUCGCUGCUCACCAUUACAACCAGAUCACUACAUUCAGCUGCCAGGUGACUCUCGAACACUGUGUUUGCAAACAGGAUCCAGACGACCUGAUCGCCCGCACUUUCCACUACAACGACGUGACCGACUGCGAGUCCGUCACCACGACGAUCAAACUCUACCUGCUCCUGCAGAUGGUUCUCAACCUAAUCUUGGCCAUUGUCUGCCUUGUGGCUUGUUACGUGAUGUGGAAGCACAGGUACCAAGUGUUCUUUGUUGGCCUAAGCUAUCACCCUUUUAAGGGUACCAAACAGCAGCAGUCGAAAGUAUAGUGUGGACAUUUGCAGACCCAACAUUGAACCUGAUGCACGUUUAUGAAAAGGAUGACAAAUUUGUCCAGUAUUCGCUACUUUUUGAACAAGUAAACUUGAUUGUAUAAAUGAACGUGUGUGCAAUUUUCCAAGCGCUUACGCAGGGAAGUGUGGUUCCACUAGGUGCAGUAUUUGUAUUCGCUGGGUUGUGUGUUACAGUGUUGUAUACCCACGCAGUCAAAAAUGAGUCUGAUAACACUUGGCUCUCAAAGUUCCAAGAGGGUUUCCAAAACAUAGAAGCAAGGAAUAAGGGGCUACGUUUUAAAAUGGUUCGCAGACUUUCACAUUCAAAUACCUUGCGGCACUGAGUCGUGAAAGGGGUAUUGUCACGAGACAACUGUUAGCUCACCUCUUCAGCCAGCCUCUGUUCCUGACUUGCCCUGAAAUCAACUAAGCAACACUGGAUGUAGGAGAUUGCUUCCUACAUUUUUGCCAGGCGUGACCCCAUCUUGGUGUUUGAAGGUUACUGAGGCCUUCCCCCCCCUUGUGAAGGGCUGGGGGUCCUGGGGAGAGGGGAGUGGGCCCAGUGGGAAAUGAU